AUGUCAUCUAGAGCUCUAAUUCUACGCUCAUUGCGAGCAACUCGCAGCAGCCCCAGGGCUGUGAAGCCCUUGCUCACAUGCGCUGCUCGGCGAUGGGGCAGCUCCAUCUCACAAAGACCGGGCUCGGAUCGUGUGCUCUUCCCCGGCGCUGUUAACAGCAAGUUUACCACCGAAAUGACGUUCCUCAAAGCCUCCGAUCUGCCCGCAAUCCCCACAUAUCGAGUAAUCGACUCCGAUGGCGAGUUGGUUGAUAAAUCACGAGGUCCCCCUGAUGUUUCGGAUGAAGAGGUUUUGACAUGGUAUAAGAAUAUGUUGAAUGUGAGCAUCAUGGAUGUGGUCAUGUUUGAGGCACAACGCCAGGGGCGAUUGAGCUUCUAUAUGGUUUCAGCUGGUGAGGAAGGUAUUGCAGUCGGUUCUGCCGCGGCUCUCACCCCGGAUGAUGUUGUGUUCGCUCAAUACCGUGAAGCUGGUGUCUUCCAGCAACGAGGAUUUACUUUGAAGAACUUCAUGGGCCAGCUAUUUGCCAAUUGCAAUGACACGGGCAAGGGUCGCAACAUGCCAGUUCACUAUGGACAGAAUUACCCUCGCAUGCACACUAUUUCAUCACCCUUAGCGACUCAAAUCCCGCAAGCCGCCGGUGCCGCUUACGCCCUGAAGAUGCAAGAUCUUCAAGAUCCCAACCGAGAGCGUCGUAUAGUUGCUUGCUAUUUCGGUGAGGGUGCAGCCAGUGAGGGUGAUUUCCACGCGGCACUCAAUAUUGCCGCCACACGAUCAUGCCCUGUUGUAUUCAUCUGCCGGAACAACGGAUUCGCCAUCUCUACUCCAACACUUGAACAGUACCGCGGUGAUGGAAUUGCCAGCCGCGGUGUUGGUUAUGGUAUUGACACAAUCCGAGUGGACGGUAAUGACGUCUUCGCCGUCAAUGAGGCCAUGAAGGAAGCCCGGCGACGUGCAUUGAGCGAUGGUGGACGGCCCGUUUUGAUUGAGGCGAUGAGCUACCGUGUUUCACACCACAGCACGAGUGACGACAGCUUUGCAUACCGUGCUCGAGUUGAGGUUGAGGACUGGAAGCGCCGCGACAACCCGAUUAUCCGUCUCCGUAAGUGGCUCGAGAAUAAGGGACUAUGGAACGAGGACAUGGAGCAAGAAACUCGGGAUUCCAUGCGUAAAGCUGUUCUGAAAGAGUUCAGUGAGGCCGAGCAGGAAAAGAAGCCACCUCUUCGGGAAGCCUUCACAGAUGUGUAUGAGGAGCUGACAGAGGAGGCUCAGUCUCAGAUGAAAGAGCUGAAGCGAAUUCUGGAAACAUAUCCGGACGAGUAUGAUCUACGGCCAUACAAGGAUGGGGCAAAGGGACUGGACUAG